AUGAGAUUUAACGCUGUUAUCACCUCUGCUAUCCUCGCGGCUACCAUCUCCGGCGCACCACUUCCAGUGCCUGCUGAGGCCGCUGAGAAGCGCGAAGCUAAGCAACAACUCCCAACCUGGCCACCCCCUUAUGGUCUCCCUCAUGGCAUGGCCGCUGAGAAGCGUGAUACUGAGGCGGGAAUAACCUGGAAACGCCCUUAUGGCCUCCCACACGGCAUGGUCGCUGAGAAACGCGAAGCUGAACCUGAGUCACAACUCCCAACUUGGCCACGACCAUAUGGUCUCCCUCAUGGUAUGGCCGCUGAGAAGCGCGAAGCUGAACCACAACUCCCAACUUGGCCACGUCCUAUCGGCCUUCCCCAUGGCAUGGCCGCUGAGAAACACGAGGCUGAACCUGAACCGCAGUUGCCAACCUGGUCACGCCCUUACGGUCUCCCACACGGUAUGGCCGCUGAGAAACGC